CUAUUCGACCGUGUUAAUACUUCGACAACGAGUCAUCUUUGCUGGGGAUUUCGUGUAACCCAACGUGACACACUUCUUGUUUGUCACCUAACUCAUCAAUAUGUUCAUCUUUAAACGAUUAAUGCCUGCCCCUGAAUUACUGAAAUCAUUUUAUCAUGUUUUUUCCUUUCAGCAAAAUCUCCCUGGUUUAGCCACAUACUAACAUGAACUAUUCAUCAACAGUGGAACUGCCAUGAACAAUUCAACAACCGAGAACUCUCUUCCCACAAAACAUCUUCGAGUCAUUGCAUGGUGUAUAUCAUACGGAAUCGUAGCAGUACUCAUUACCAUUGGCAACAGCCUUACCAUUGCAAUUUUUUCAAACAAGAAAUUUCCAAGGAAAUUCGGCGGCUACUUUUUGAUGAAUUUGGCUGUCGCUGAUCUAAUGGUGGGUUCUUCUGCUAUGCCAAUGUACAUCUAUAUUGUGUACGCUCUCAGUUAUUCGUCAAUCGACAGAAGUCUUUUGCUCUUCCAAGAGGCUUAUGUGGUUGUAGACGUCUUUACUGGUCUUGCUUCUGUGUUCACACUGGCUUGUAUCGCACUCGAGAGACUCUAUGCCGUACUUUACCCAAUGACAUACCGCUGGAAAAAAACCAAGACAGGUUAUUACAAGGCUAUAACCAUGGUAUGGGUUACAUCAGGAAUAGCGUCUGUUGUUUACAUUUUAAGCUCUCGAAAUCUUCUUUUCAUUCUGCCUAGAGCAACUUUCAUCUAUUAUUUAACAAUUUUGUCUGUUCUGUCUGUUUUUGUCAUUUCUGCUGCCUACGUGACCGUUUCCGUUCGUGUUCAUCUAUGGAACAAGGCUAAAAUGGAUAUGUGUGUUUCCAAGCAGGAAAAACGCUUAGCAACCGCGUUGUACAUAGUUACGGUUGUUUUCGUUUUAAGUUGGACUCCUUUUCAUGCCAUGAACAUUAUUGCGAACUUUACAAGUACAGCUUUGGAGAGAAUACCUGUAGACCUUGUUUUCUCUGCAAAGCUGCUUCACUAUGGUAAUUCACUAGCAAAUCCUGCCAUUUAUUCUCUGAAAAUACCCGAGUUCAGAGUAGUAGUGAGGCGCAUGUUUUGUAAAAACUGGGUCAGAGAGACUCGAGUUUGA